AUGCCACCACCUGUAACAGUCAAAGAUGUUCAAAAGUUAAACGGAUUGAUAGCAUCAUUGGGAAGAUUUAUUGCAAGAUUUUCGGACAAAUGUAAACACUUUUUCAAUAUAUUAAAGAAGGGGACCAAAUUUGAAUGGACAAUGGAGUGCGACAAAGCAUUGCAGAGCAUAAAAGAUUAUUUAGUAAACUUAUCCAUUAUGCAAAAGGCGAAGCAGGGAGAAGAAAUGUUAUUAUACCUAGCAUCAACAUCUCAUACAUUAAGUGCAGUACUGUUACGUUCAGAUGAAGGUGUAGAAAAACCAAUAUAUUACAUAAGCAAAACAUGGGAGAUAUUGGUGGAUGGAUCUUUCAAUGGAGAAGGAAAUGGAAUUGAUAUUGUAUUCAUUUCACCAACAGGAGCGAGAAUGACUUACUCAUUUAGAUUGGACUUCCAAUCCACAAAUAAUGAAACUGAAUAUGAAGUAGUUGUCCACGCAUUAAGAUUAGCAAUUGAAAUGAAGAUUGAGGAUGCGCGAAUGACUAGUGGUUCCCAGUUGGUAAUUCGUCAGAUAGAAGGCAUAUAUACUACCAAUGAACCAUCUAUGCAAAAAUAUAGGAAAUUGGUUAUGGAUUUAGCAAUGUACAUUCCAAAAAUAAGCUGGAGACAUAUAGGGAGAAAAGAUAAUAGACUUGCAGAUGCAUUGGCGUUCAUACCAUCAAUAUUUGGCAUUCCUGCACAAUUGGUGUCUGAUAAUGGGAAGCAGUUUGAAGGUGAGAAUAUAACAAUGCUGCUCAAUGCAUUCAAAAUUCAAAGUGGCAAAUCUGAUCCUUUGUAUCCUCAAAGUAAUGGACAAGUAGAAGCUACAAAUAAAACAAUCGCAGACAACCUGAAGAAAAAGUUAGAAGGGAACAACAAAGGAUGGUGCGAACAAAGGCAGUGCUACCAACAGAAGUUAUCAUCCCUACCACAAAGAGAGAAGCUUGGGAAAAGAAUUUAA